CUCUACCACUCUCACUCUCUCUCUCUCUCUCUCUCUCUCUCUCACAGCAAUGCAAGGAGGUCAAAUGGUGGUUGAAGGGCCAGUCCGGUUAGCCUCUGUUCUUACUCCCUCCAAACCUAGAUUUUUACCGUCACUCACCAAAAUAGUUGGAACCCUUGGACCAAAUUCACGGUCAGUUGAGGUGAUUGAGGCAUGUCUUGAGGCAGGAAUGUCAGUUGCACGUUUUGAUUUUUCUUGGUUAGAUGACAACUACCACCAGGAAACUUUGGAAAAUUUGAGGAUUGCCGUGAAAAAUGUGAAGAGGCUAUGUGCUGUUAUGCUGGAUACUAUGGGUCCAGCACUUCAGGUGUGCAAUAAGACUGGGAAUCCAAUUGAGAUGAUGGCUGACAAUCGUGUGACAGUUACUCCAGAUACUACUAUAGAACCAUCAGCAGAGGUCUUACCUGUAAAUUAUAUUGGGCUUGCCAAGGUAUGUUUUAAAAUUCAGCUUUACAACACAGAAACAGGACAUGGUAAUUUCAAAAAAAAAAAAAUGGGGAUGCGGAUAUGGAUACGGGGACAUGGCAAUAAAAGUUUUUAGCCAUGCAAUAGGUAU